AUGCGUAAACCACACAGAAAGUCUCGGCUGGGCUGCCAAACAUGCAAAAGACGAAAGAUUAAGUGCGACGAAGUCAAACCGCAAUGCGGGAAAUGCGUUCAGUUUGGCGUAUGGUGCGAUUUCUCUCCUCUGCCGCUAGGUCCCCAGCCUUCUCUCAGUCAACAGCCUGACAAUCAGUCCCGGCGCCCGGGCCGUCCCAGAUCGGAUUGGACGUCAUGGGCCGAGCAGAUCCGGGUUCACGCAGCCGAGUCUGCUACACCAACUCUGAGUACAAAUAUGAUGGAUCUUGAGCUCUUUCACACCUACAUGACGAGAACUGCAAGUACUCUUGGUGGCGGCAGCGGUUCCGGAACCCUUCUUUGGUCUGAAGGUGCGCCUCGAGUGGGAUUUCAACACAAUUGCAUACUCAAGCUCAUACUCUCGUUGUCAGCAUUUCAUGUAGCGCGGAUCAAACCUGUUGACGAGCAGCGAUAUUCACUGAUUGCGGAAACGCAUUUAACUGCCGCGUUGCAGCCAGCGAUGAUUUUGAUCAGCAAUCUUGGUGGAGAUAACGGCCCAGCUGCGUAUCUGACAUCUGUCUUGAUAUGCUUCAUUGCUCUCGCCAAGGGUCCAAGUCCCGGGAAUCUUCUCUUAACCAACAUUGAAGGACAAGUUUCGUGGCUUCAUCUCCUUAGGGGCGUUCGUUUGGUUGUCGAGUCCGCUGGCUGGUCUUCGAUAUUCUCGGGUACGCUGGCACAGUAUGCUCCGCUACCUAGCGGCGAUACACUAGAGCACACCGCAGCAACUAACCCAAACUUGAUGGCUGACGGCAUCGAAGACUGGCGGUCCUCUUUGAACAGAAUCUCUAAUCUGAUAGCUCAGUUAGCAGAAGAGAAUAUGGACAACCUUUACGAUCGUGAGCUCGAGGCGCUUACUGCCUGUUUUGAGAGGACAUUUUGCAGAGGGCAAGACGCCGCCUUGGAUACAGUGGGUAGGCUUCAGGAUGUCAUAGGCUGGGUCUACCGGCUUGGAGAUGAGUACAUGGGAGGGCUGCGCCAGAUAGACCUCAUCUCAACAGUCAUUUUGGGACAUUUUUGCGUCUUACUUCGGACAGUUGAGGCUCAAUAUUGGUUCAUGCACGGAUGGGCAGCACAUGUCAUAGGAGAGAUUCUCGUUAUUUCUCCCAAUGCUCGACAGUGGCUUUCAUGGCCAAUUGCAUACCUGAACCCGGAAGACCAGUAA